AUGCUUCACAAAGUUGUUGUCAAUGCUUACAACUUUUGGCUCGUGGUCUUUGUGGCCAUUGGCACAAUCGCAAGUGCUUAUGGGCUGGCCAUCAUCGGAUCGACUGUCGGGCAGCCUAACUUCUACACAUAUUUCAAGCUGCCUGCACAAGGCCAGCCGGGAUAUGCACACACUACAAAUAUGAUAGGUGCCCUCAAUGGCAUUAACUCGGCUGGUGCCAUUGUCGGAUGCUUAGCACAGGCGUGGACAGCAGACUACUUCGGUCGCAAACGCACUAUGCAAGGUGGAUGUGUUGUUUUGAUUAUAGGCGGUGCACUUUGCUCAGGCGCAGUUAAUAUGGGCAUGUUUCUCGCUGGUCGAUUUGUUGCUGGGGUGGGUGCGGCCAUCCUAGCUUGCAUUGUGCCAAUCUACCAGUCCGAGGUUUCGACUGCCGAGACACGCGGUGCUAUGGUCUGCGUCACUGGAAUCAUGUACGCGGUGGGAUAUACCUUGGCAGGAUGGCUUGGCUUUGCUUGUUUCUAUAUGAAAGCAAGCAGCCCAUACUCAGCUUUUGCCUGGAGGUUUCCUCUGGCUUUCCAAGUCACCUUUCCUCUUAUUGUGCUUGCCGGGAGCUCCUUGAUUCCUUUUUCACCCCGCUGGUUGCUUCAGAAAGGACGUCGAGACGAGGCUUUUGAGAUUGUUAAACGGCUGCACAAGACCCCUGACGAUCCUAAUGACACCCGCGCUAAACAAGAGUUCCUUUUGAUUGAGAAGCAGUUUGAGCACGACCGAUCCAUGAAAGUCAGGCCCUUUGAACUCUUUCGAACUGCGCCGAACCGCCGGCGAGCAUUUACGGCUGUCAUGCUCAUGGCUGGCGAUCAAUUCCUUGGAAUCUACGUGAUUGCCAACUAUGGUGUGCUCAUCUAUAGCUAUCUCGGCUUGUCUGGCGGAAUCCCGCUCCUUCUCAAUGCUUGUUGGACGACUUUCACCCUCGUUGGUAAUACUUGGACUGCAUUCUACUUGGAUCGCAUUGGCCGACGAACAUGUCUGCUGAUCGGGUCAAUUGGCUGCACUGUGUCUGCCAUUUUCCUGUGUGCCCUCUCCGCGAAGUACUUGGGUACCGAAGAUAUGCCGGGUCUCCGAGCAGCGGUUUUCUUCACGUUUUUCUACAUUUUCUGGUGGUGCUUCUUCAUGGAUGCGACGCAGUAUGUCUAUGUUGCUGAAAUAUUUCCCAACCAUCUGCGUUCUCAGGGAGUGGCAAUUGGCCUCAGUACCUUCUACCUCACUUCUGAAGUCACACUGGUUGCUGCGCCAGUGGCCUUGAACACAAUCCAAUGGAAAUUCUACCUGGUGCUGAUUGUCCCGUCUGUUUUCUACAUCGUGGCCAUUUACUUCCUCUUCCCGGAAACGAAGGGUCGCACCUUGGAGGAAAUUGGUGCUUUGUUCGGCGAUGCAGAGAAUGUGGUGUCACACUGGUAUGAUGCGACUGAAGAAGAGCGUGAAAAGAUUGCCCGAGAAGCAUUGUGUGAUGGUGGAGAAAACAGCAAUGGCGAGGGAGCCAAGCCAGUUACGGUUCAUGUGGAGUUGAGCUGA